AUGCAGGAGGUGGUGAAGAAACGGCCGAUAAUCUCUGCUAGAGAAAGAGGCCCGGGCCCUGGACGCUACGCUCUGCCCCCUACAGUUGGAUACAUCAACCAUGACUUCACCAAGCCCAGCAGCCCGGCCUACUCCUUCCACAGCCGCUUGAGCAGUGCCAUGGUGUCUGUGGACUCCAGCCCAGGACCAAGGUACCACAUUGAUGCCAAGGUCACCCGGUUUGGUCGGAUGGAAACCCCCUCCUACUCCAUUUUGGGCAGAGCAAGGCGCACAGGGACUAAAGGUGAGCUGUACCAGACUCCAGGGCCAGGGGCCUACAGCCCAGAGAAGGCUCCGCCUCUCAAUGCUCACCACAGACCACCAUCCUACACCAUCGGCAACCGCACCAGAUACCGCUCUGUCGAUGCGGUACCAGCACCCAACAGCUACUGUCUUCCUAAUCUGCUGGGCUGCCAGGUGCCUAACAAACCCUCCAGUGCCAGCUUCAGUUUCUCAGGCCGGAGGAAGGUCGGAGCUCCCACCGAAGACCUCUCCAUGAGCCCCGGACCAGCAAAAUACAACAGCAUCAACCCAGACAUUUACCGCCAGCGCCAGCCCUCAUUCUCCAUGCAGAGCCGGACUAAGAGGCCUAAUUAUUCCUCUGCUAUUCCUGGUCCCGGCACGUACAGCCCAGAGAAGUUUCAUUUGCACCUCCCGAAACCUCCUUCCUGCACUAUGGGCGUCAGACACUCUGAGUUUGUGACCCCACUCGUAGUGCAUGUAGUCGACUGA